AUGACUGAUCCCUCCGCCACAACCCUUCCGCCCGAGGCUAUCGAGCUUGCCGGCCGUAUGUACGAUGCCGCUCGCUCCGGCGACGCCACCGUUUUCGCGCAGGCCCUCCCUGCCGGCCUGCCCGUCAACAUGACCAACGAAAAGGGAGACAGCUUGCUCAUGCUUGCCGCGUACUACGGCCACGCCGAGCUCGUCAAGCUGUUCUUGCAGCAUGGCGCCGACCCAAAUCGGCUGAACGACAAGGGGCAGAGUCCCCUUGCUGGCGCCGUGUUCAAGAUGGAAGAUGCCGUCAUCGAGGCUCUCCUCGAGGGAGGGGCUGACCCUGAGUUUGGCAACCCAAAUGCGCUGCAGUGUGCCUCCAUGUUCAAGCAGGACGAGAAGUGGAAGGCCAAGUUCGAGGCUGCGCCCGGGAAGGGGAAAGCUGCAGGCAAGCUCUGA